AUGGGGCCUGCUAUACAGCUCAAUGCGCAAGAGGACCGACUUCGACGGCUCCUCUUGGAUGUAUCUCAAUCCAUCAACGACUCUAAACUAACGGUACAACCCGUGGUUGUUCGCUGGGCUGGAGGUUGGGUUCGGGACAAGCUCCUGGGUAUCGAAUCCCAUGAUAUAGAUGUUGCCAUCAAUGCGAUGACUGGAAUUCACUUUGCACAAAGAAUGCGUGAGUACUGCAAUACAGAAAAGGGGAGCAGAAUACACGCAAUCAAACCCGAUGAUAUCGGCAAUCUUCACAACGUCUCAAAGAACCCAGACAAAUCGAAGCACCUAGAGACUGCCAUGGUCCGUAUUUUCGGCCUCGACUUGGAUCUAGUAAAUCUGAGAAAAGAGACAUAUGCGGAGGACAGUCGCAAUCCGACCGUUGAAUUUGGCACGGCCGAGGAAGAUGCAUUAAGACGGGAUGCGACCAUAAACGCGUUUUUCUACAACAUACACACUGAACAGAUAGAAGAUUUCACGGGUGGGAUGCGUGAUUUGACGGCUAAAGUCUUGCGGACGCCUCUGAGCCCCUUGGAAACAUUCAAAGACGAUCCACUCCGCGUCUUACGGCUGGUGCGUUUCGCAAGUCGGCUGGGGUUCUCAAUCGAAGAAGAGACCAAGAAGGUUAUGGCACAUCCCGAGGUCUUGGAUGCCCUGCAAGUGAAAAUCAGCCGAGAAAGGGUUGGUACAGAGCUCGAAAAAAUGUUGAAAGGAAAUAACCCACGGUCUGCCCUGGAGUACAUUGACCAACUAUGCUUGUAUGACGCAAUUUUUACAGAUUCCUCUUCAAAAUCCACAGCAAGGCCAGACUCUUCACGAUGGCACGUUGCCUACGAAUGCCUUGAUAGCCUUGUGCGAAAACGUAGUCCAGGCUCUCUCGGCGAACUCCUAAUUAGGCCCGGUGAAGCCAACUAUGCAGCCUGGAUUCUGGCCUCCCUCAGCCCCUGGAUGGUUGUAGAACUCCCGCCCAACAACGUUCGGAAGGCAAAUGUCUUACCUCCGCCAGCUGUGGCUGCCCGUGAAGGAUUCAAGGCACCGAAUAAACUUGUGGACAUAGUAACAGGCAGCUACCGGAAUCGACGAGAAAUCAUACGCAUGAAAACGUCAACGUGUAACGAGGAGGGGGCAGUUCUCGCAAGAGAUACACUGGGCAUGGCCAUUCGUCGAUGGGACUCUCAUGGAGGACCAUGGACUCUCCAGGUACUGAGCGCUCUGCUCGUAGAGGCCAUGGAAAGCCAGGAUGCGUGGACGGAACUUGAUGAUAAAGGGAAGGAUGAUUUCAUGGAUGGGUGGCAGAAAUUCCUCGAUCUAAUCAUUGAGCUUGAUCUAUACGAUGCUCCGGGCAUGAAGAGGCUUCUUGACGGUCGCUCUCUAGCCCUGGCUCUUGGCGUGAAGCCUGGGAAAUGGACAGGUCAAGCUCUGGAUUUAUGUCUAGCGUGGCAACUUCGGAAUCCUCAUGAGACAGACCCAAAGGGCGCCAUCGAAGAGAUUCAACGACAGCGUGAUGAGCUAGGUGUCCCUCGAUAG